UUGGCUAAUGCCCGUCCACGAACUGUGUCCCCCAAUAUCCUAAUCACCGGGACACCUGGUUGUGGGAAGACCACGCUAGCAACCGAACUAGCAAGUAUUACUGGCCUGAAUUUUGUAUCGAUUAAUGAUAUCGCGAAUGAGAAUAAUCUGUAUGAUGGCUAUGAUGACAAAAAUGAGUGUUAUAUCCUUGACGAAGAUCGGGUAAUUGAUGAAAUUGAACCCAAAAUACAAAAGGGAGGACAGAUCCUCGAUUACCAUUCCUGUGACUUUUUUCCUGAGCGUUGGUUUGAUGCAGUUUUCGUCCUUCGUACAAGCAAUGAAAUACUAUACCCUAGACUCGUUGCUCGAGGCUACAAACAGAAAAAAAUCCAGGAUCUAAUUCAUUGCGAAAUUGUUCAAGUCAUUUUGGACGAAGCUCGUGAAUCAUACAAUCCUGAGAUUGUUUAUGAACUCAAGAGUGAAACUACCGAAGACCUGCAGGCAAACAUAGCUAGAAUUCGCGAAUGGAUUCACCAGUGGAAAAUUGAUCAUAGUGGUGAAACGUAA